AUGGAGAUGCGGGUGCUAAGGUGGACAAUAGGUGUAACGCUAAAAGAGAAAGUAUCCAACGACACUGUGCGCUCCAUCUUCGGCGUCGUCCCGAUAACUGAGAAGAUGAAGGAGGCCCGACUGAGAUGGUUCGGUCACGUCUUGCGGCGAGAGGAAGAUUCUGUGGCCAAAACCGCAUUGAAGCUCGACGUUUCAGGAGUGACGCCGUGCGGGAGGCCAAAUAUUCGCUGGUUAGACCGUGUGAAGCUGAAUAUGAUAGAUGCGCAUUGA